CCUUCAUACCAUCACAUACAUCUCUGUCCCCCCUCCAAAAAAAAAUUCUCCCCUCUCCCCUCUCCCCUCCCCCCCUCCCCCCUCCCCCCACCUCCGCUCCUUUUCACAAAAUUUUCCUAAUUUCUACUUCCCUUCUCUGCUUUCCAUCCGUUCCUUGAGAGGAUAACUCACCAGUUUCUACACAAUGGGAAGAGCUGAUUCUGCUAACCAGAAGAAAAGGGAGACAAGUCUUCCCCCAAAGAGGGGCCAGAUAAAAGCUCAAAUAUUGGAGAAAUUGUGCAAGGCUGUCGUCUUUGUUGUCUCAAAAGCAGGAGAAUCUCACAAGAGAAAUGGAGCAGAUGGCAAGAGCUCAGCCUCCACAACUCCAUUUCCUAGUGGCUACAACUCUGAUGCAAAUGGUGGCAACUCUUAGAAGAUGGUCAUGUUGGUCUUUGGUAAUCAAGUUAUUAUCACCUUCUGGACUCAGUUCUCUGAAUUGAGCUCCUUCUAUACCUUCUCAAACUUUUGAAGGCACCUUGCUUAAGUUGGAGAAGUUGGUAUCUGUUAUCUCUAAAACCCCAAUAAAGAAAGUAGUACUUAAGUAUGCUGUGAAACUCUGAUAUUUUAGAUUCAGAUUCACAGCUUCUGUUUGGUUUUUCACAUGUAGAAAUUAAGUUAAUGAUGUCAUUAGGUGGACCUGCUUAACCUUUGUUUUUGCCAGUUUAAGCAGGAACGCUCCAUCUUAGUCCAUGUGCCUUUGUAUCUUGUAAUUAAGACCUCUUCCUUCAUUGUUGUUUUCCUGCAAGUUUUAGGGAGGAGAUAAUGUGUUUGGAAGAGGUUUGGUCGUGUUUGUGUCUUUAUCCACCUCAGUUGUGCUGUUGUAUUAUUAGACCAUACAAUGAAUGAGAAGUCUCCUA